AUGAGCCUGACUUCGCGAAUCUUCGACCUGUUCUCGACAGCAGAGCCUCCGGACCGAUCUAUCUCCCAGGGCCCAGGCCUGACCGAUAAAUUACACAAUGAAUCAGACAUGAGGGUUGGCCAAGUCCGGUCAGAGGAUCUGACGGACGAGGAAGAGCCGCGUCCUCCAUAUGCACACGCCAUGCUGGCCGGCGGAACAGGAGGAUGUGCAGGCGAUAUGUUAAUGCAUUCCCUUGAUACCGUGAAGACCCGACAGCAAGGCGACCCGCAUUUCCCGCCACGAUACACUUCGAUGACUUCUUCAUAUACGACCAUCUACCGACAAGAAGGCUUUCUUCGAGGACUCUAUGGAGGGGUUAUUCCAGCAUUUCUCGGAUCGUUCCCGGGGACCGUGAUCUUUUUCGGCGUGUACGAGUUCACCAAACGGCAGAUGCUGGACCGAGGAGUGAAUCCUAAUAUUGCGUACCUGUCCGGUGGAUUUUUCGCAGAUUUGGGCGCCUCUAUUGUCUACGUGCCAUCAGAGGUACUCAAGACCCGGCUGCAAUUGCAAGGUCGAUAUAACAACCCGCAUUUCCAGUCCGGCUACAACUACCGCGGGACCUCUGAUGCGUUCCGCACUAUCAUUCGCCAGGAGGGUGUGUCGGCGCUCUUCCACGGUUAUAAUGCAACAAUCUUCCGUGAUCUGCCCUUUUCAGCACUGCAAUUUGCUUUCUAUGAGCAAGAGCGCGAUAUGGCCAAGCAAUGGGUUGGACAACGGGACAUUGGACUGGGAUUAGAAAUCCUCACUGCGGCGACGGCCGGAGGUAUGGCGGGCGUGAUAACCUGCCCAUUGGAUGUAGUUAAAACACGCAUCCAGACUCAGCAAAACCCGCCAGAGAAACCCACAGGAUCGUCAGGACCGAAACAUGCCGGCGAACACGUCCCGAAGGACAGUCCGCGACCUCACCCGGCCGGAUCAUCUCAUUCUCACGGCUCUAAAUCAUCCUCGCGACCGAUUUCCACCUCCUCGCCGUCCACAUCAGUGCGACCACCAGGCACGCCUCGAUUGGACACAUCCUCCGUGUUCACGGGCCUGAGGAUGAUCUACCGCACCGAGGGGCUAGCGGGGUGGUUCCGCGGCGUGGGCCCGCGUGGCGUCUGGACCAGCAUCCAGUCUGGGACGAUGUUGGUUCUGUAUCAGUAUUUGCUUAAGCAGCUGGAAGCCUGGGACAGCCUCGAGGGCUCGCCGCUGUGA